UCCGGCGGCGCGGAGAGAGGGUCCGGCCCCGCUGCGGCCGCACCCCGGCGCGGCUCGGCGCGGCUCAGCAGGGCUCGGCGCGGCUCGGCGCGGCUCGGCAGGGCUCGGCGCGGCUCGGCAGGGCUCGGCACGGCUCGGCGCGGCUCGGCACGGCUCGGCACGGCUCGGCGCGGCUCGGCACGGCACAGCCGCCCGCCCGAGGGCUGCCUGCCGGGAGCCGGCGGCGGCACGGAGCCCAGCGACCCCGAGGCAGCGAUAUAAUAUUCUAGGUUUGCUACUUGGAAAAGAAAAAAACCAUGGCUUCCAGCACAUCAAACCCUGCUAACCAUUUGCCAUACUUCUUUGGUAAUAUCACACGUGAAGAUGCUGAGGAAUAUCUGAUGCAGGGAGGAGCAAGUGAUGGACUGUACUUGCUCCGCCAAAGCCGGAAUUACCUGGGGGGCUUUGCCCUAUCCCUGGCCCACGGAAGGAAGGUUCACCACUAUACAAUUGAGAGGGAGCUGAGUGGCUCAUACGCUAUUGCAGGAGGCAAGUCGCAUGCCAGUCCUGCUGAACUCAUUAACUAUCACUCAGGGGAAGCAGAUGGCCUUAUCUGUCUGCUGAAAAAACCUUUUAACCGGCCACCAGGUGUUGAACCCAAAACAGGACCCUUUGAAGAUCUGAAAGAGAACCUCAUCAGAGAGUAUGUCAAGCAAACCUGGAAUUUGCAGGGGCAUGCUCUUGAACAAGCUAUCAUUAGUCAGAAGCCCCAGCUGGAGAAGCUGAUUGCCACUACAGCCCAUGAGAAGAUGCCAUGGUUCCAUGGGAGGAUAUCUCGGGAGGAGUCAGAGCACCGUAUCCUCUUUGGAUCAAGAAGCAAUGGAAAAUUUCUUAUCCGAGAAAGGGACAGCAAUGGUUCCUAUGCCCUGUGCCUGCUGAAUGAUGGAAAAGUACUGCACUAUCGUAUUGACAGAGAUAAGACAGGAAAGCUCUCCAUACCAGAUGGAAAAAGAUUUGACACCCUGUGGCAGUUAGUUGAGCAUUAUUCAUACAAACCUGAUGGAUUAUUAAGGGUUCUUACCAUUCCUUGUCCACAACCAGAAAAUGAUAGUCUUGGUUUUAAUAGUCAUCCUUCUUCUGGAACACUUCCUAAGAGUUGGGCAGGAGGUGGAAUUAUCUCAAGACUCAAAUCGUACACCUUUCCAAAGGCUGGCAGCAAAAAGCUUCAGUCAUCUAUUGGCCACCCAGCAGAAGAAGCACCUUUUAAUCCCUAUGUGCUGCAGAGGAACAGAGGUUUUGCAGGAGCAGAAAGAGGUGAUCAGAGAGAGGCCUUACCCAUGGAUACUGAGGUCUAUGAAAGUCCAUAUGCUGAUCCAGAUGAAAUUAAACCAAAAAAUGUCACUCUUGACAGGAAGUUGUUGACUUUGGAGGAAGGUGAACUUGGCUCUGGCAACUUUGGUACAGUAAAGAAAGGGCUCUAUAAGAUGAAAAAGGGUUCCAAGCCUGUGGCUGUAAAAAUUCUAAAGAAUGAGAGUAAUGAUCCAGCCAUAAAGGAUGAAUUACUGAGAGAAGCAAAUGUAAUGCAGCAACUGGAUAACCCAUAUAUUGUCCGAAUGAUAGGUAUAUGUGAAGCUGAGGCCUGGAUGUUAGUAAUGGAAAUGGCUGAACUUGGGCCAUUGAACAAAUUUUUGCAAAAAAAUAGACAUGUCACAGAGAAGAAUAUAACAGAGCUGGUGCAUCAGGUUUCCAUGGGGAUGAAAUACCUGGAGGAGAAUAAUUUUGUUCAUCGGGAUCUGGCUGCAAGAAAUGUGCUGUUAGUCACCCAACAUUAUGCCAAAAUUAGUGACUUUGGACUUUCUAAAGCUCUUAGUGCUGAUGAAAAUUAUUACAAGGCACAAAGUCAUGGAAAAUGGCCAGUCAAAUGGUAUGCUCCAGAAUGCAUGAAUUUCUACAAGUUUUCUAGCAAAAGUGAUGUCUGGAGUUUUGGGGUUUUAAUGUGGGAAGCUUUCUCUUAUGGACAAAAACCAUAUAAGGGAAUGAAAGGUGGUGAAGUUGCACAGAUGAUUGAAAGGGGAGAACGAAUGGAACGUCCUGAAGUCUGCCCAACAGAAGUCUACAGCCUAAUGAAAUUGUGUUGGACAUACAACGUUGACGACCGACCAGGGUUUGUCGCAGUCGAGAUGAGGUUGCGUAACUACUACUACGACAUUUCCCACUAGCAGCGUGGCCAGCAGCAACCUCCUCGUCUCUAGCCAGCACCCUCUGAGAAGCAGCUCGUUUUCCAAAAGCAGCCUCGAUUUUUGUACUUCCAUUUUCAGCCUGCAAAGCUCAGAGCUGAGCUUUGUGUCUGCAAGGUUGCCUUUUCUUACCUUCUGCACAAAAUCCAGCCCCAAAAGAGUAUUGGAAGUGUAACAGUCUCAAAGUCCACAGCAAGGGUGUUGGGUGAGAUGCUUGUACUUUUGCUACAUUCCAUUUCAUUUUAUUUACAGCUUUAUUUGCAUUAUAUUUUGAAGUCCUGUAAUUUAAUGACUGAGCCCUCUUCUUCUUUUAUAUCGGAAUUGGAAUUUAUAUUCUUCUCAUCAAUAUUCUUAGCCUUUAAAUGUAUUGAGUUGUUCCAGCCUUCGCUUUCCUCAAGGAAGUAUAGCAUAAACAUUUCUCACAAUGAAGCAAAUUCGCUGUGCAAGUGUGACAGACACUUUGACUGACAGGUUGUUUGAUUAUAUCACCAAACCCCUUUAAACCAAAUCACAUACUUCUUAGCAGUAAAAUAAGCAGAGGGGGAAUUGAGAGUUCUGGCUUUCUAACACCAUCCCAUCCUUUAAAUGUGGCUUUUUUUUUUUUUUUUUUUUAAUUUUAUUUAUAUUUUUUAAAUGUGGCUUAAAUCUUUUGUUCCUCAUCUUACAUGUGGACCCCAGCUGUUCCUCAGGAAGUUAUUUUUUUCCCAGUGACAACUGGGAACUCAGAGGCUUGAUCUCAUCUUGGAAGUUACAACAAACUCCAACACUCCAUUCCUGAAAAUACACCUGUGAUGGAGCAGCACUUACCUUUCUCUGUGCUCUUCCAUCCUUCUCCAGACACCUUUUCUAUUUAUCUAUUUGGGUAUACCAUAGCUCCAUGUGUUGUGAGCAGCAAUCACUUCUAUCCUUUCUUAAAACCUUUCUUAAAAAACCAUCUGUGAGAAUUUCACCACACCUUAUCACCUCUAAAGUUAAAUUUAACCUCAAGUUCAAAUAUUUUAUAAUGGGCAUAUGGACAACAAGAUUACUUUAGUCAGCUCCAAAAUCUUAUUAUUUGUCCUAUGGGAAAAAAAUAGCUGUGGACAUCUCAGGAAAAGGCAUUUGUCUUAUCACUCUUCAGUAAUGCAGCGUGCAUCUCCAUUAAAUUGGAAGUGUAGUAGGGUAAUAACAAAUAACGUAGUCAACUUAUGGUUCUGUUUUUAGCCUUACUUAUGCUUUGCUUGCUCAAUCUCAUUUUAAAUAUUAUCAAUAGCAACAUUUCUGUCACUUAUUACUCACAAGCAGCUACUUUAUUGUCAUUUGCAUAUAUCUCAGGAAUCUACAUACAUUUUGUCUGCUAGAUAUAUAGAUUUUUGAAGAAUAUAAAGAAUAGGAUUUAGAGUUAGAUAUAUUUAUUGCAUAUGGAUGGUUUUGUGUGAACAGAGUAUUCUUAGAGAUGUAAGUGGUAUUUUUUUCCUCUGGUAGUUUUCUGAGCAAUUAAACUGAGAAGGGGUGAAAUAAUUUUCAUAAAGGGCAGGACUAUAAACAAAUGUAGAAGGUACUGGGUUUUUUUGUUUUUUUUUUUUACUAAGUUUACGGUCUAUUUGUUAAAUAAUAUCUGGUGCCUUUUGCUAUUUUAGUCUUGGCUAUGCAGUACAAGGCACCACAGGCUAGUGGAAGACACUGAGUGCAAUAGACCGUGUUUCAAAUGUGACCAAACUUAACUUACCUUGAAGAUGAUUUAAUUUUUGUUUUGUUUUUGAGAAACAUUUUUCUACAAGACUAGCUUGUGUAGAAGUUAGCCAUAGUUAUACAUAGGUGGUUUGUCACUUUAGUUUUGUUGCAAAGACUUUUUUCUCUACAUGUGCAAUUAGUACACUUAUGGGGAUAUUAGUUGAAAACAAAUUGCACAGAUCUCUAUAACCAGCAAGUGACAGUACUCAAUUUCCCAGAAUGAGAGAUAUAUUCCUCUAUAUCUCUCACUCUCUUUAAAAGUGAUGUCUGACACAACAAACCUGGAGGAUUAUUUUUUCUCCUCUCUUCUGAGUGAAUGUCAACAUCACUUUCUGGAAUUACUUGAUUAUUUUUAAAUUCACUAUUACGUAAUAAAAGUUUACAAUGAGAAUAUAAAGUAUUGUGAAAUAAAUUGAUUCGGUUUUAACAUUUUGAUUAAAGAUACUUUUACAAAAUAUGCUGUCUUAACAAGAGUCCUUUCAUAAUUACAUGCUUUGUAAAAAAUCCUGAUACUGGGCAGUGUGUAUAUGUACUGAGUUACUGUGAUUGUUGUGGAAGACUGAGAUUUUUCUAUUGACAGUGAAAGGAAGGUACCCAACAGGACAGAGAAGCCCACUGAAACUUGGGCUGCUUUUGUAGCAAUUCAGAAAUAGCAGGAAAUUCCCAAAAUAUGCUUUGUUAUUGUAAAUAAGUGUUUUCGAAGCAAUUUACAACAAUAUUGGAUCUGGAAGUUUAGAGAUGCCAGGAGUCAGUACAGUGUAUCAGCUAGCCAAGAAUUUCUGCCUUACAGAUGUCACCUAUGCAGGAUUUAAGUCACAUUAUAUAACAUGGAGCCUCCCUCAGAUGCAGAUAGCUGUUCUAGGUAUUCUAAAAUAAAAACAGAGACAUUUCACUUAGCUUUGCAGGCUCAGGUUCUCAGGAAAGCUAAGGCUAGAUGGGUGAAUGUGAAUUGGAAAAAUAAACAAGAAAGGCAGAAAGACAGACAACUCUUCACACAGGUACUUACCUUUGGCGGGGAUCAGACAGUGACUGAUUGACUUUGUUUUUCUGUGGUUAUUGUCCUGCAUAGCAAAUCUGGCCUAAUUGCUGCACCUUCCCACUUGUGGGGCGGCACCAUCAACUGAUAUGAAGGGAUUUUUCUGUCUUUUGUCUGGAUCUGAUUGUCUAUUUUUAGAUUGACUUGUCUCAGAAAUUCCACUUGGUGGUGUAGCCCACAAGUGAUUGUCAUGACAGAGGUAAGGGUAGAAAACUGCAGCAUGUAGCUGGAAAGGCUGAUGGAGAGGAAGGACCA